AUGAAUACAGCAGACAUCAUGUCAAACAAUACCCCUCCACCACCACGUUCUCAACAACCAACUAUUCGAUCAUUCUUUCAACCAAAACAACCUACAUACACUCCACCACCAGGAACAACACCAAUCACAGCUUCAGACUCUCAUGAGAAUAGAAAUGGAAAUGCAAGUCAGGAAAUACCUCCACCUCAACCUGCAUCGGGUCCACCAAGCUCUACCAAUGCCCCUCUGCCACCGGUAACCACCGCAACUACCGCUACCCCAGAUUCUCUAGAUCCAUUAUCUGCAUCAUCUCAGGAACUUCCCCAGGGUUAUAAAAUCGAAAUACCGCAAGAUCAUCAUAUUCAACCAUUACGUCGUAUUAAUGCUCUCCUCCUUCCAAUUCCAUAUCCAGAUGCUUUCUACCACGCUAUUACUUCUCCCCCUUCUCCUUCGAUACCAAUCUCUCUCUCUUUCUCAAGAGUAGUUACAUAUACACCAGACUCCAACUCCGAACCAAAAGUCAUCGGCUCCCUAAUCUGUCGAAUCGAUCCCUCUCCUCCACCUUCUCCAAAUGCCCAACCUCCCACAAAUACGUAUAGUAUAUAUCUACAAUCUCUCACUCUACUUUCCCCCUACCGAACCCUUGGUCUCGCGACCGCACUACUAAACUCCGUCAUCGAAUCUGCUACAUCUUCUCGCAUACCAAUUGGAGUCAGAAUAGAAGGAUUAUACGCGCACGUUUGGGUCGAUAAUCAAGAAGCAUUAGAAUGGUAUACCAAGCGCGGAUUCGAAAAGGGGGAAUUAGUCGAAGGAUAUUACAGGCGUUUACGACCACAAGACGCAUUUGUUUUUAGACGAAGAUUCUCGGUUCAAGAUCAUAUUUCUAGACAACCACAAACAAAUCCUACUCCGAUAUUAAACUCAAUCAAAAAUGCGACUGCGAAAUCAACACCCCCUCCUCCUCCAAUGGGCACAACAGCAAGGCCACCCCCAUCAAAACAUACAACAUCAUUUCAAGAUCGUAGACCAGAAAGGGAAUGGAACGAUCUACCUGAAGAAGUAUUUUUGCGUCCUAGAGCACAAGGAGAUGAACAAAGUAAAGAAAGUUCAAGAAGCAGUAGUCGGAGUGGAGCUUCAGGAAGUGGUGGAAAGAAAAAGAGAAGUUAUCCUGCUGCUGCAUUUGGAGCUUAG